AGGUGGCGGAGGACGUCUCGGAGAGGGUGCUCCUGCAGGCGGGCGACAUUCUGGUCGUGAGCAACAAGCGCUGCCUGCACGCCUGGGACCGAGGGGGACGACGACGGCACCGCGCGGCCGAGGGCGCUGUGGCGCAGCACGUUCGCCAGCCGCGCGGCGAGCUCCUGGCCGUCGCGCGUGGUGCAGUGAGGCCGCCUCCGUCGGCGACGGGGCCCGGCAGCGCGUGGGGGGAAGGCGGCGACGGGGCCAUGGUGUGCACAGGGGGGCCAGCGGUUUUAAUCCCUGCGCCAAUGCCUGGAGGCGUCUGCUUCUCAUAUUGUACAGUUGCCUGCGAGAAUCCGCAGCAUUCAUCGUCAUCGCCCUCUUAUGUUUUCCUGUGCACGGGCAGGAGGGUGCAUGUUGGAGCCCGAGGCGCCCGCGGACGGGACAGUUCCGUUGCAGGCACCGUCCAGAAGAUUUGUUAUGAGCGCGUGGUUUAUCAUGUUGGCUCCUCGAGCGUGUUAGUACAUAGAUGUUUCAGCUUCGGCACGGUUUUUCGCCUCCGGUGGUUUUUUCAGCAACCGCCCUGGAGAGCCACGAGUAUCGGUUGCGCCUUGAAGACGCGCCGCCGCAGCUGCGAUGGGGCCUCCUCCUCAUCCUCAUCCUCCUCCUCCUCAUCCGCCUCCUCCUC